CACUUCCUUUGCAAACUUACACUGUUUUCGAGAUCAUGGUUCAUUUUUUUGCAAAAUUUUUGUUUCUGUUUUCCCUCAAUCUUAUAGUCAAAGUCAUCUGUUGUUUCGAGCAUGUAGCUGGACGUGAUCUGUGCCCGAUUGCGACUUUCUACAUCAUUACUCUACCAGGUACACUCACAGAGAGCGUAAAAUUGAAAAUGUUUGAUGUUCAGAAGUACUAGAGCACAUGCGCUGGACGCUAUAGAAAUCCACCUGAUUGAGAUUGACGCCCGACCAUUGACGUAACGCACCCAACCAUGGAGCUGAUUCGCGCUUUACCCGGGCAUCGGGGCGAUGUGGAGCUUUUAGCCGUGCUGGAAAAGGAGCAACUUCUCGUGUCCGCCUCGGCAGAAGACGGUACCCUACGGGUCUGGAAUUUGUACGAGAACAUCAAGGGUAGCUGUUCUGCCGGUCCGGAUACCAGCAAAACGUGUGUCGCGGUCAUUGACGUGAAAGAUUUCGUAUGUGCCUCCGCUGAGGAAGAUGCUGGUCGUAUAGCAGCUGCAAAAAAAGCAGCUAUGACAAGCCCUGCUAGUGACACCGAUGUUGAAGCCCCUUUUCUAGACGAGGACGAGAAGACAAAGGCCUCCGAGAGCAGCAGGGAAGAAGAGGAGGACGAGCGGUGUACAGUGACAGCUCUGGACGCUGUUGUUUCGUUGAAGCCAGCAAAUGGGGACCACUCAAGUGCUUCUUCGAAAGUGUUGCAGAUUUUCGUCGGUGUUUCCGAUCUCUUGCAGGCCGACUGUGACAAAAUUGAGGCGAAGGUGUUGAAAUUGCGCAGAAAUUAUGGGGGUGAAGCGACAGGAGCAGCGACUUCUGAAGUAGUUGUCGAGGAAAAGGUGGAGCAAAGCCUAGAAAAUGCGUGUGAUGCGGGGCACGGAGGAGCUGGAGCGGAGAAGGAAGCAUGUACUGAGCAAGUAGGCAUUGCCACCCGCCAGGAUGAAGCAGAGGAGCAAAAAUGGAGCAUGGUGCUAGGCUAUGAGAUUCCGCUCGAGCAGCUCUUACCCAGAGAUAUUGGUAGUGCAACCGAAGUAGAAAGUACUAGCGGCGCAGCCGACGGAGAUGAUCUCUCUGCUGCAGAAGAAGCCGCCCCUGACCAGGGAUCAGCUGCUAUUUCUGAGGUCGAUGACGAAGCCGAAACCGAGUCUGAACCUUUCUUGUUCAAGCCCGCACUCCACAGCUCAUUCGCGCUACCCGACGCGAUCGCGAGUUUGCGAUGCUUUCAGUUGCCUUUUGAGCAAAGAUCACGCGCCCUCGCAAUCGCCUGUGACGACGGGUCAGUCACGGUCGGUCAAGUUGGAGAAGCGGAGAUCUUCGAAAAUAACUGCACAAAAGUCGUUCACGAAAACAUCUGCAGCGACGUAGUGCCACUAAGCUUGACAAAGAUGGAACAGGACGAAGAUCAUUCCAAGAACAACAACACGACAAGAAAUUUACCGCCAACAGCUGCUGCGAAGGACAAAGAAGUUGCCGCGAAGACCCACCCUGUUUCGAGCCAACUUGUGUUAGUCUCCGGCGGCUAUGACCAAGCGUUUUCGUUGCAGAAAGUGAAGAGGAAUUUUAUUGGCAGUGACAAAGACCCCUGCGCUAGUGGGCAGGUAGAAUUUUCAUCUGCCGACAAACACAACGCGGUCUCAGUCACGGACCUGCGCGCUUUCAGGGAUAAAGAGCUGCAGAGGAGAAAUCGCACGGCCGCGAGGAAAAAGCAAGAUGAGAUGGAAGAAGCCCCGGCGCAGAAUAUGAUGGUGAAUCCUCCCUAUGUGACGCAUUUUUGCCUACUGGAGCAAGACCCGGAGGACGCUAUCGCUGCUAAAGCUUGUUCAACAGCGGCACCGCAAAGUCAGAAAUCGGACUUGGGAAGAAAGCAGCAAGGUAGAAGGCGGAUUUUGAAUCGCAACAAGAACGAGAAGGGGGCAGAUCAUCAUGUGGGGGAGUCAUCCUCCUCUUGGUGCUUUAGUGCCUUGACACAGCAUCAAGACCACAGCUGCGCUGCCAACGCGAAACCAGAAAAGAAGACCUACCGUCUCUUAGCCGGUCUGGGCGACGGAAGUGUGCUGGUGCUGAGCCCCGGGGCGGGAGCUGGUUCGAGUGACCCCGCUUGUUCCAAAUUUGCGACCAGAACUUCUUCCUCUGCUCGCAAUUUUUGCAAGGCUCCGCUGCAAGUAGAAAACGCGUUCGAAGCCCACGGCGCUGGAAUCGCAGCGCUCGCAUGUUUCGGUUCGAACCUGAUCGCCACGGCGCAUAAGAAUGUCGUGCGGGUGUGGGCUAGUACUGUGCGGAAGGACGGGAAGAACACCGGCACGGGUUCUGAAGAAGUGUGGAGUAUGCAAUCGGAGAUGACGCUGUCAAACCGCGUCAACAAUUUGAAAUUUCUGGAUUCAAACCGCCUGUUGGUAGCAGACACGAGUUCACUGAUUCGCAUGUAUGCCUUGGCCACGGGAGGAGCGACUCGAUGACAGUUUCCAUGCCAUUCUAGCAGCGACAAAAAACAAAAACAUUCCUUCGAAACAAGCCACCCAGUUUUCGAUUUCGUUCAUUUCACAAUCUAGCGACGCA